AUGAUCUCAGGCAGCAAAUCUAAUUACUCCAAACCAACCUUCUCUGCUACUGUUCAAGAAAGUCUGCAUAACAAUCAAGUAGAGCAGCAGCCGGUUGAAAUCAAACAAGAUUUUACCCCUAAAAAGGAAACCUCUAUUGUUCUGGUAUGGGUGCUUAUUCAUAAGCUCCCAUGGCAUUUGUUCAAAUGGGACAUUCUUGCUAGGAUUAUUAAGUCUGCUGGGACGGCGGUUGCUCCUGACCAGGCCACCUAUUCUAAAUCCAGAGGAAAUGUCGCCAAAAUCAAGGUCGAAAUUGAUUUGCUUAAACCAAGAUUGGAUCAAAUUUGGUUAGGCUUCAAUAGGUUGGAAGGUGGUGAAGAUGGUGUGUGGCUUGAUAUUGAAUAUGAGGGAGUACCAUCUUAUUGUAACUACUGCUGUAUACAAGGGCACCUGGAAUCUCAAUGUAGAAAUAAGGCCAGCGAUGACAGAAUCAAGGCUCAAAAGAAAGAAGCUGAGGAGAAAGAAAAGAAAAAAAAAGAGAAGUAUCAGUCUGAUGAUUCUGACCCUGAUGCCUCCACCGAAGAAGAGCAGGACACUGAAGAAGAAGAGAGUAGUGAAGAAGAUGAUUACGAAAGUGUCCAAAGUUCAGAUUCUGGGGAGGAAACAUAUGAUAAACCAACAGUUAACUUCAACUCAGCAUCAAACAUAGAAGUGGAACAAGCUUUCGGAGAAAUAACAGAACACAUGAAUCUUUCUCCAAGAGGUCCCCAAUCCAACAUAGGUGGCAUUUACUCAAGAGGCGGUAGAGGUGGAGGCAGGAAAAGCCAACCUCAAACUACCAGAACUCAAAGAUCCAAAACCCAAACAUUCUCAAUGAUUAAGUCUAUCAUUUGGAAUAUUAGAGGCAUCCGGACUAUGGGUGCUUUUGACAGACUCAAACAAAUCAAGAUGGCUUACAAACUCGAUUUUGUUGCUGUGUUUGAACCCUUUUGUAGAAAUACCAUGAUUAAGAAGUUCAAAAGAAGAUUGGGGUAUCAAUUCUGUUACUCUAACUGCAACAACCAAAUCUGGAUUUUCUGUGAUCACAACUAUGAAUGUAGCAUUUUGGAAGACAAGGAGCAACAUGUUACAUGUAGCAUCAAAUAUCAAGAAGAUACUAUUCUUUUAACUGUGGUCUAUGCUAAGUGUGAUGAGCAACUCAGAGAAACUUUGUGGGAUGACCUUAGACUAAUUGCUAACAAUUCAAACUCUCCUUGGAUGGUGGUAGGUGACUUCAAUUUUAUUCUUGCCCCAGAAGAAAAGAAAGGAGGUACAAUUCAUAGAAUGAGCAAAAGUAUGCCUUUGCUCAAUUGUAUGAUGGACUGUUCACUCGAAGAUGCUGGAUAUAUUGGAUCUACUUAUACUUGGUGUAACGGAAGAGGACCAAGGCAUAGGGCUAACUACAAGAAAUACUUCAAGUUCUUAAACUUGUGGACAGAAGAGCCUGAUUUUUUGGAUAUUGUAAAGGAUGCAUGGGCUAUUGAAACUGUUGGAACUCCUAUGUGGAAGUUUCACUUGAAACUUAAGAAUACUUGCAAAAAGCUCUCUGAAUGGUCCAGAAAUACUCUAGGUAAUAUCUUUGAAACCACCAAAAAGAUGGAAGCUAGGAUUGCUCAACUGGAAGAAGUCUGCUUAAGAGAUAAUUCUGAGGAAAAUAGGAUGGCUUAUAAUAAUAAUGCUAAUGCAUUACUGAUCCAACAUGUGAAGAAGGAAGAAGCCUUUUGGAGGCAAAAAGCUGGACUUAAAUGGAUUACUGAUGGAGAUGCUAAUACCAAGUUCUUUCACUCCGUCAUCAACACUAAGAGAAGAAAGAUGCACAUGAACAAGAUCAAGAAAGAUAAUGAUACCUGGAUUGAAGGGGAGGAUAAUAUUGCCUCAGAAGCUGUCAAAUUCUUUGAAGAUCAAUUUACCUUUCAAGAUGUGGAUGAUGGCCCCGAUGUUCUGAAUUGUCUUCCAUGA